GUCUCGCGAUGUCAGAACGUCAAUUGGCCCAGUGUGCUAUGACAACAGGAGCCGGGAGGAUAAUAUGCAGAAUCAUCAAGGUACUAAAUGGAGUCAGAACAAUUGUUUUCUAGAGGAUAUUACCAGAACAGUUACAACAGUAUAACCAGUGCGAGUAGUGAUGAGGAAUUGCUAGAUGGAGCGGGAGUCAUCAUGGACUUCACAGGAUCUGAGGAUGACAACUUGCUGGAUGGUGAUGUUUCUACAGGAGCCAAUUAUACGAUGACAAAUGGAGGUGGUAUAAACAGCACAACACAUUUAUUGGACCUUUUGGAUGAGCCUAUACCAGGUGUUGGGACUUACGAUGAUUUCCACACCAUUGACUGGGUGCGAGAGAAGUGCAAAGAUCGAGAAAGGCACAGAAAGAUUACCAGCAAGAAGAAAGAUUCCGUGUGGGAGUUUAUAAAAAGCCUGUAUGAUGCUUGGUCGGGAUGGCUGGUUGUAACGCUGACUGGUUUGGCAUCAGGUGCCUUGGCUGGUUUAAUAGAUAUUGCUGCGGACUGGAUGACUGAUUUAAAAGAAGGCAUAUGUCUGAGCGCAUUGUGGUUUAAUCAUGAGCAGUGCUGCUGGGGAUCCAAUGAGCCAACGUUUGAAGCAAGAAACGAAUGUCCUCAGUGGAAAACAUGGGCUGAAUUAAUAAUUGGACAAGCGGACGGACCAGGUUCUUAUAUAAUGAACUACAUUAUGUACAUUUUUUGGGCCUUGGGAUUUGGUUUCCUGGCUGUUUCCUUGGUGAAGGUAUUUGCUCCAUAUGCCUGUGGUUCCGGAAUUCCAGAGAUUAAAACCAUUCUGAGUGGCUUCAUCAUCCGAGGAUAUCUGGGGAAAUGGACCUUGCUAAUUAAAACAAUCACUCUGGUUUUAGCUGUUGCCUCAGGGCUGAGCCUGGGGAAGGAAGGUCCCCUCGUUCAUGUCGCUUGUUGCUGUGGUAAUAUUUUCUCCUACCUGUUCCCCAAAUACAACAAAAAUGAAGCAAAGAAACGAGAGGUGUUGUCUGCAGCAUCAGCAGCUGGGGUAUCCGUGGCUUUCGGUGCUCCAAUUGGUGGCGUCCUUUUCAGCUUGGAAGAGGUUAGCUACUAUUUUCCCUUGAAAACUCUCUGGAGAUCAUUUUUUGCUGCUUUAGUGGCGGCCUUCGUCUUGCGUUCCAUUAAUCCUUUUGGAAACAGCCGCUUGGUCCUGUUUUACGUGGAGUAUCACACGCCGUGGUACUUGUUUGAACUGAUCCCUUUCAUCCUUCUGGGUGUAUUUGGAGGGUUGUGGGGAGCCUUCUUCAUCCGCGCUAACAUUGCUUGGUGCAGACGUCGGAAAACCACAAAGUUUGGGAAGUUCCCUGUCCUGGAAGUUAUUACAGUGACCGUUAUCACCGCAGUGGUCGCCUUUCCUAAUCAGUACACAAGGAAGAACACUAGUGAGUUGAUCAAAGAACUUUUUACUGAUUGCGGGCCUCUAGAAUCUUCACCCCUCUGCGAUUACCAGACAGAUGCAAAUGUCAGUAAACUGUUGGAUGAUAUUCCGGACCGACCAGCUGGUCAAGGGGUUUAUGAUGCCAUAGGAAAAUUGGCAUUGGCGCUUAUAUUUAAGAUUAUUAUGACCAUCUUCACAUUUGGAAUUAAGGUACCUUCAGGCCUCUUCAUACCAAGCAUGGCGAUCGGUGCCAUUGCUGGUAGGAUUGUGGGGAUUGCAGUGGAGCAGCUGGCCUACUAUCACCAUGACUGGUUCAUAUUUAGCCAAUGGUGUAAUGUUGGAGCAGACUGUGUUACUCCAGGCCUAUAUGCAAUGGUUGGUGCUGCAGCUUGUUUGGGUGGUGUGACGCGGAUGACAGUUUCCCUCGUGGUAAUUGUAUUCGAGCUGACUGGUGGACUGGAAUACAUUGUCCCUCUCAUGGCAGCUGUAAUGACCAGCAAGUGGGUGGGUGAUGCAUUUGGCAGGGAAGGCAUCUACGAAUCGCACAUCCGCCUGAAUGGAUAUCCAUUCCUGGACGCUAAAGAAGAGUUCACUCAUACAACGUUGGCUGCGGAUGUGAUGAGGCCUCGGAGAAAUGAGACUCCUCUUUCGGUCCUGACGCAGGAUGACAUGACAGUUGAAGACUUAGAAACGACGAUUAAUGAAACGACGUACAACGGUUUUCCUGUCAUUGUAUCAAAAGAAUCUCAAAGACUAGUUGGAUUUGCCCUACGAAGAGAUAUAACUAUUGCAUUAGAAAACGCCAGAAGAAAACAAGAAGGUAUUGUCAGCAGUUCAAGGGUUCACUUUACCCAACACGCCCCAACGCUUCCAGCAGACAGUCCACGUCCACUGAAGCUACGGAGCAUUCUUGAUAUGAGUCCUUUCACAGUUACAGAUCAUACACCUAUGGAGAUUGUGGUGGACAUCUUUCGGAAACUGGGCCUGAGGCAGUGCCUUGUAACUCAUAAUGGGAAUAUCUUGGGGAUCAUCACAAAGAAGAACAUAUUAGAACACCUCGAGCAACUAAAACAGCACGUCGAACCAUUGGCGUCUCCUUGGCAUUAUAACGAAAAAGGACAUCCUCCGUCACAUGGCUCAAAUGGCAGACCAAGACCCCGAGUCAAUCAUGUUCAACUGAACACCAUUGAGGAGGAUCCCAAGGAAAGUGAGGAAGAGGUCCGCCUGUUAAAGAGCACAGCGAUCUGACCGCUCCAAAGAUUUCAGCUCAUCAGCAUCGCAGAAGGAAAACUAAAACAACAGCAUCUUUUUGCAGUUCAGUUGGCAAUGAAAGCUCCUCUGAUGUAGGAGGUUCUCAAGAGUGGCCCACUUCAGUAUUAAAUCUGAUGUCCAUUACUUUUUAAAAAAAAAGUUCUAUGCCUAAAUAUUUCCACAUUUCAGAUUUUUUAGUUGUUGAGAAGUGCUAUUAAAGGAUAAAGAUAUAGUGGUGGUGGAAAAUAUGUUAUAUAAAUGAUUAUUUUUACCACACUUGAAUCACUUUGCUCAUUCAUUGAUUUGUUGGUGUCUCCUGAACUGCACUGAAGCAAGCCAUCUCCUACACACACCUCCGGGGUUGCAUCUUAAUAUGGAAUACAGUUUGUUUCAGAACGAUUUGCAGCUCGAGUCUUGUGCGAGUUUACAUUUAAGUUCAGCUCUGCUCAUUUUCUGGACCUCUUAACCACUUCUACACUGGGAAAGCUGAAAGGCCCUGGGAUCUCGCUUUGUGCGAACGCCUUCACCAGUGAAGCAGGCAGUUACCCAUAUGAGGAGAGAUUCCAGAUUGAGAGAGUGAACCUGGUCAGAAAAGCACUAAGUGUAGUGUUCACACUGAGAGCAGACUGUCCACAACAUGCACCAAAUGCGAAGGUACAAAACCAAAAUCAAAAGUUUAAGAAAAAAGCACUUCUCAUAUGUUUUGACAAGGCAUGUAAGAAAUAAUUGGAGUCUGAGGUUAGCAGUUUGUGGAGGAAGCAACUUUUAUCUAUUUUGUUUUAUUUUUCAAACAAGUCUUUUAAGGAAGUUCUGAGGGUCUGUUAAUGAAGAACAGCUUGAUUUUGCUUAAAUGGAGCUUGAUCGCUACACCUCCCUUUCAUGACAAGAAGAUGCAUGGUAGUCAUUUGUUAAUUGGCUCUGUUGUAUGUUUAAAGGCACAUAAACAUUAUGGACAUAGUACAGUGCAAAUAAUUGCAUAUGUGUCAGCUCUGGGUUAAGAGUGUUCCAGUCUGACUCUCACCACUGUUUUAAUGCUCACCUACAAUUAAUUGGAAUUAUUCUAACUGGAAUCAUUCACAAGUUUUUUUUUCUCUCUAAUUUUUAGUAAGUUAUUGUGGCAAAAUGUGUUUCAUCCUCAGGCAAUUUUUUUUUUACUGUUGAUAUCAAUGGUUGGGUCCUGCUAUUGAAGCUAUCUUGAAUGUGUUUAAAGUUUAGUUUUAGCACUUUGAAUUCACAUUAUUAUGACCAUUAAGGCGGGUUUACAAAUGAUUGGGAUCAUCAGUUUCAACUAAAUUGGCUUCAAAUGAUACAACUCUGGCAAAACUGGCAUUAUUCAUGCAUCAGCUUUUUUAAGAAAUUAGUCUAUUUAUUUUAGGAUACUUAUUUUACAAAGCAUCUCCUAAGUAGUUGUUUUUAAGGAUUUAUCAGACUAAAUAUAAACUUUCUUGAAAAAUAGAUGUAACUUUUUAAAUGACUUGAAGUUUGCACUACGCCUCCGAAAAUUUGAAUAUAAUGGUAGCCUACACUGUCUAUGUACAGAAUUAGAAGGAUUUGAUUAGCAGAUCCCAUCUUGUUUUGUCAUGCUUCUGAUAGGAGACUGAAACUUGGUGAGCAUUUUUAAUAGACCUCGAGCUUGUGUGAGAGAGAAAAAUGUAAACUCAGUGUGAGCUAUUUUCAAAAUGAUUGAGUGUUAUCAGUUAAUUGCUUCCUUGCAAUCAAUCGUACAUCCUGGACCAUUAAUUUAGCAAAGAAAUGUAGAAAAUCAAGAAAAUCUGCAUAGGAAAAAAAAUUGUGUGGAUUUUACAGAGUCUCCAAAUAAUGAAAUCCACACAGAAUUCAACAACUCUCUUAUGCAAGAUGCUAUUAAAAGAUUAAAAUUGCAGCAUUUUGAGGAAGUGUUGGAUUGAUUUUUCAACUCCACAUAGUCAAUAACUGUGAAUUUUAAAAAUAAUAAUAAAGACUGUGCAAUGCUGGAAGCCUCAAAUUAAAAAGAGAAAUGCAGAGUGUCAGCAGCUGUCAAAGGAGAAGACAAGCUAAUAAACGAAAAGGCAUUUCUCUUUUGGGAUAUAGAAGAUGACCAAAUUUGGCUCUGUCAAAUCUGGAAAUGAUAGGCUACUUUUCUUCUUCUUGGAUAUUGAUGUGUCCUACAUAAAAUUCUCAGAACUGAAACAAGCCAUUCAGCCCAACAGGUCUGUUCCAGCAUCUAUGCUGCCUGCACACUCCUCCCACCCUAUUGGCAUAACCUUCUAUUCCUUUCUGCCUUGUGCAUUUAUCUCAUUUCUCUUUUAACGCAUUUAUGCUGUUUGCCUCAAAUCUUCCUUGUGGUAGCAAGUUUCUCGUCCUCUCCGAUCUCUGGGUAAAGAAUGCCUACCGUGUAUCUCUGGCAUUUUCUGCUUUUACAUGGAAACUGUAGUGUCUACAGUAGUUGGUGAGACUUCCUCUCCAUCCUCACACCUGCCAGAUAUAGUGGAAGAUUUUACAGCAAGAGCCCGUGAGGUUGGCUCCUGUAUCCAGCUUGUUAUCUGUUGCCUUGCUUUCGGUUAAUGAAGAAUGCUUCGUCUUUGUUAACCUGUGAUGUUGCCUAGAACUGUACUUAAUACUGAUCCUGGAUGUUUUUUAUUUAUAUUUGAUGUGUUAGAAUUUCAGGUCCUUAAGGUGAGCUUAAUUAUGGUUACUGUGAAAGUUUGAUUGUAUAAUAUAUUGUAUUAAAUUCUCUGUCAAAACUGUAAA